CUCCUCCCUUCGACGACAUCCACAUCUGGAUUCGGUAGGACCCUGAGGUCUUCUCAUCACUCCUUGAUUCCUCGCCCCUUUUCUUUCCUUUUCCCUUUUCUCAAUAAUCUUCUCCCGAGGCCGCCGUCGCCGAAUGGCUCCUAGCGACCCGCCCUCGUCCCACACGAAGCCUCCCACCGUUCGCAACGUGAAACAUGUCGUACUAGGCGACCUCUUCUUCCGGACAUGGUACCAGUCCAUCUACCCAGAGGACCUCGUCAGCAAGGACACCGACCGACUGUACGUGUGUCGCUACUGUUUCCGCUACUCGUGCGACGUCGACCGCUACGCGAAACACUCGCGCCUCUGCGCGCACCGCUCGACGCCCCCGGGUAAUAAAAUCUACGAGCAUGGCGGAUACUCAGUGUGGGAGCUGGACGGCGAGGACCACAAGCUGUACGCACAGAACCUGUCCCUGUUCGCGAAGCUGUUCCUAGACCACAAGUCGGUGUUUUUCGAAGUCGCUUCCUUCCUCUACUACCUGCUCGUUUUUACGGACCCUGCCGACCCUGAAAAUUAUCAUAUACUGGGCUUCUUUUCGAAGGAGAAACUCUCGUGGGAUGCGAAUAAUCUUGCGUGUAUUCUGGUCUUUCCGCCUUAUCAGCGGAAGCAACUCGGGAAGCUGUUGAUGGGGGUGAGUUAUAAGCUGAGUGACUGGGAGCGCGAUACUGGGUUAAUCGGUGGGCCGGAGAAGCCGCUGAGUGAAAUGGGGCGGAGGAGUUAUAGUCGUUUCUGGGAGGAACGGAUUGUCAGAUAUCUCUUGCUUCGGGGCACGGAUGCGACCGGAGACUUGGAGGAGACUGCGCAGCAGAAACAGACACCUUCCAAGGCGUCUCGGAAGAGAAGCUCUUCGGAAGUGAUGACGGUUCAGGACAUCGGGUUGGCGACAGGCAUGCUGGCUGAGGAUGUUAUAACCGCGCUCAAGGGUCUGGGGCUCAUGGAGCCCAUUAGCCCGUCGAAGAGGCGGAAGACGAAAACAAACGAGGAGACGGUUGAUAAGGAGACAGUGGUCCUACGGAUGUCCAAGGUAUCGGAUUGGGCGAACGUCCACCAUCUUUCUCUACGGGAUCCUGUAAGAGACGAUGGUUUUCUGGGGCGAUGGGCUCCAGAAAACAUAUACGCACGAGACAGUACGUCAGGCGAUGAAGGGGAUGGAGACGAAGAAGAGGAGGAAGAAGAGGAGGACGAGUAGAUUGUUCUGACUCACCUCGCACAUGUAUGAUACCAAUUUCUUUCGUUCACUGGGUUCUUUGCGGCGUGGGGUUUGCAUCAUUUUAUAUUACUCGGCACGCGUUACGGAUAGAUACCAUUUGGUCUUCGGAUUCACCAUCAAUGCAUAUGUUAAGCUUGUGAGAUUGUC